UUCCUCGUUUCUUCUCCCAUUCUUCUUCUAUAUGUCUCUUUCCUCAUCAAUUUCAGAGCCAAUAAAAAGCGUCAGGAAUAAAGCUGAGGCUAAAACAGAGCCAGUUAGUUAACUACUUUUCUUUCCCCUGCCCCUUGCUUUCAUUUCCAGAGAUAUGAAAGUGCCCUUUACUUCUAAUGAAAACGUGAACUCCAAGGCAUCCUCCACCACGCUAUUGACAACUAAUUCUGGGGCUACUAACAAUCUCAAUAUCCAGCCCUCCGCCACCUCCCCUGCUUUUCCGGCCACCAACGCCGUCAGCUACGAACCCAAAUCCGUUCUCGAGCUCCGCCGCAGUCCCAGCCCCAUCCUCCCGGAAAACACCCGCCCGUCUCUGGAUAGCGACGACCCUCUCCAGCUGGCUGACCAUGUGCUGACGAACUUUGAAGACUGGGAUUAUUCUGGGUCGACUCAGUUUCUUGAGUUUCCACUCGCUCAACACUCUCUUGAAUCGGCCGAUCAUAAUCAGUUCCUGCAGCCGACUUCUGAUCACCAACAUCAAUUCGCCUUCUCCGAUGACACAAUCACGGCGUCUGCGGCGGCGCAGUACCCUCAACCGCCGGCUCUGAUGACUCAGCAGGGAGGUGGGAGCAAUAUUAAUGGUGAUUUUCAGCAGCAAAAUAACUGGAACUUGACGGCGUUUGAUUACGUGGAUGAGCUGAUCCGGUUCGCCGAGUGUUUCGAAACGAACGCCACCCAGCUGGCUCAAGUGAUAUUGGCGCGGCUCAAUCAUAAGCUCAGAUCUCCGACUGGAAAGCCGCUCGAGAGAGCUGCCUUCUAUUUCAAGGAAUCUCUGCAGUCUCUACUCACCUGGUCGACUCGGAUGACCAAACCCGCCUCCUCCUCGUCCGAGAUCAUCCAAACCAUCGAAGCAUACAAUAUCUUCUCAAGCAUCUCUCCGAUCCCCAUGUUCUCCAGCUUCACGGCUAACCAAGCCAUCCUCGAAGCCGUGGUCGGCUCCCCGCUGGUCCACGUCAUCGAUUUCGAUAUCGGGCUUGGCGGGCACUGGGCUUCCUUCAUAAAAGAGCUAGCUGAGUCUUCCUCUCGAGCCAAGCCGCCUGCUCUCCGUAUAACGGCUCUCGUUCCGGAUGAAUAUGCGGUCGAGUCGAGGCUGAUCAGAGAGAACUUGACUCACUUCGCUCGUGAUCUCAACAUGGCGGCUUUCGAUUUCGAUUUUGUGUUGAUUAGCACGUUUGAGCUUCUAUCCUUCAAAGCAAUUAAAUUUAUUGACGGAGAGAAGAUUGCGGUUGUUUUGUCUCCGUCCAUAUUCAGGAAGAUCGGAACUGGAUUUGUCACCGAUCUUCGUCAUAUUUCACCACAUGUGGUGGUCCACGUGGACAAUGAAGGGCUCGCGGGAUUCGGCCCAUCUCCUUUCCGGCAGAUGGUGAUGGAAGGGCUGGAUUUUUACUCGACACUGAUGGACUCCCUAGAAGCAGCGGCAAAUGUCCGCGGUGGUAGCGGAGACUGGUUGAAGAAGAUCGAGACUUAUGUGCUAUAUCCGAGAAUAAUAGAAAUGGUAGGGGCGGCGGCAGGCCGUCGUGGGGCGCCGUGGAGAGAGGCUUUUCUAGCGGCGGGUUUCAGGCCGGUUGUUUUCAGCCAGUUUGCGGACUUUCAAGCUAACUGCUUACUUGGAAGGGUAGAGGCAAGAGGGUUCCAGGUGGCGAAAAGGCAGGCGGAAAUGCUGCUUUGCUGGCAUGACAGGGCUUUCGUCGCCACGUCAGCGUGGCGGUGAAUAAAUCGACUGGUCGUAUAUAGAUUAGGAGAGGAGGGACGCAGCCUACAACAAUAAGGAUCCGAAUUGAUCGAUAUGGUAUUAAUUUUUCUAAAUCAAUCUCGGCCGUUCAUGUAGUUAUUCCAAACUUCCACCGUCCUUAAUUGGGUAAACUUUUUUUAUUUGGUUACUACAAAAUUUUGACAGCUUCUUCUUAAAAUAAUAAGUACUACCUUCGUUCUGUGUUAAUCGCAACAUGUUGAAUUUUACACUAUUCACAUGCUCUACUUUGACUAUUUUUUACGCUAUUAUUUUAUGAAAAAUAUUUAUUUAAAAAAUAUUGUUAAAUUCAUCUCAUUACAAAUUUUCAAAAUCUGAUUUUUAAUAUUUUUUACUAAUAGAAUUAAGAUAUAAUUACGGUCAAAGAUGUGUGUUGGCAAAUGUGAAAUGUUGGUCGUUGUAACUAAAAAAGAACGGAGUGAGUAUAUGGUUAAUGUUGUUGUUUUUAUUUACAUUAAUCAUUUGAUUUUAGUUUAUGAUUUUAAGUGUCAAUCAAACUCAUGAGAAAGGGAGGAAGAACAAAUGAUCUGUUUUUUUAUUAUCAUCUACGGAGUAUUUGUCUUAAGUAUGCAAGGGCUUUCUAUUUUGUCAUUGUAGUGUCUUUCUCAAUUGUAAGUAAUGUGUAGUUCGUACUUCAUCUCAAUCUUCUAGUUUACUUUCAAUUUUUCUUAUAUAGUUAUGAAACAUUGACACUGG